GCUAUGUAUUAUGCUAGUAGGCUAUGGUUAUAUGACAGAAUAAUAAAUCAGAUUACUGCAGACAUUCAAAGAGUACGGAAGUCUAUAUGAUUACGAGGUAUCACAUCUGGCGGACGAGGAUAAAUUCUUUCGAAUCAGGUCACCACGAAUAAAGCCGAACGAAACGCAAAUUUGGAAUUUUUUCUGGAGAAUUUGAAAUAAAUUGAACAAAUUGAAACAGAAACAUUUUAUUUGAUCAGCGUAAGAAUGGAAGCUUGGAACAUAUGCCCGUUUAAGUUCAACCAUCUUCCGGAGACACAGACUCGGACAGAAUGGUUGCGUUGGAAACGAAACUUCGAAGUAAUUGUGGCCGCUAGCGAGGAGAAGAAUUCUACCAAAAUCAAGAACAUUCUUCUUGCCAAAGGAGGUCUAGAACUUCAAGACUUAUUCUAUUCAAUUGAUGGAGCUGAUGUGGUGGAAGAUAUUGAAAAAGGAGUUGACCCGUACAAGAUAGCCAUAGCCAAGUUGGAUGGACAUUUCGUUCCGAAGCAGCACGAUUCUUUUGAGCGGAACGAGUUUUGCCAACUAUCACCGGCCACUACUAAUGAAGGAAAGCGCGAACCACUGGGGAAAUUUUUGAUGCGUUGUGCGGACCAAGCGAAGAGGUGUAAUUUUGGAAAGACGGAGGCUGAAAGUCGUGAAUUGCGGAUCAUGGACAAGGUAAUUUAUCAUGCUCCGGCCGAAUUGAGAGAGAGGUUGUUGCAGAAAGAGAAAUUGAAUUUGGCACAGCUGACACGCAUUGUAAAUUCGUUUGAAUCGAUCAAGACUCAAUCAAAAGCGAUUGAAAACACAGGAUUAGGUGAUGCAUCAGCGUCCACAGUUUCGGAUCAGACUACGCGGAUCAAUAAGCUAAAUACUACGGCCAAUCGUUAUGGUAGCACGUGUUUCCGUUGCGGUCAGCAGAGUCAUUAUGGAAACGAUCGCGAAUGCCCAGCGGGUGGAAGGAAAUGUUACUAG